UGGCGGUUGUUGUUGCAUUCUUUCUGUGCUGGGCGCCCUUCCACACACAACGUCUGCUGGUCGUGUACGAGCAGAAGUGGUCGCCCUUGGUACUGGCGGUACACAACGUCCUGUUUUACGUCAGCGGGGUUACUUACUACCUCAGCGCCACCAUCAACCCAAUCUUGUACAG